AUGCCCGGGCAUACUGCCUGCGUACUGCACGCUGGCAAUCCGAAGCAUGUCUAUGCAAACACAGUCGAGAGAACAAUGAGCCAGCAGAGUCCCAACACGUUCAUAAAUGAGUGGAGACCAAAGCUACCUUCACGCAUCAUCUUCAAAAACUUUUCCGGUUUCAGCUUUUCCGAGUUCUUCCAAGCUCAAAUUCCUCACGAUAGUCUCACUAAAGCAUUUGGAAAGCGAUUGACCGAAGUAGAUGUUGAGUCACGACACUUCUACAUCGAAGAAUUCACAAGGCAUGUGGGCUUCUGGAAAGUAUUGUACAAGUCAGAGCAAGCUAAUCUGGAACUCUCCGUUGGCGAGGAACUUCAAUGGCUGCUAUAUGUUCAUUGCUCGCCCGAGGUAGCGGGUGACAGUGCUUUACGGAAAUUUCUCAAAAACCCUGUCGCGAGAGGUUCAGUAAAGGAUUCAUUGCUGUCAGUCGAGUGGGAGAUAUUCGUUCCUUCUGUUCGCAGCAUCCCAUUGAGUAUUCAGGGUUCCCCUAAUACUUCCCAAUCAUUCAGGAGUUCCCUAGGGCUCCUUGACUUCCUAGCAGAGACCAUACCUGCGAGUCUUCAUAUUCAUCAUGACGGGAAGAAACCGAUCGACUUCCCCGACGACUGGGACAACAUCACCGGAGACUACGACCACCUUCCACACUGUGGUACAGCAAGCAACUGUCUAUACAAACGAUCUUCAGAACCACCUCUUUACUUCUUUCUGAAUCCAGAUCCCCUCAGCCGUGGCAGUGAUUCAUUCCACUUCAGCUUUAACUGCGAGAGGUUACAACCAGGAGACCAGCGUGUAUCUCUCGCUCAUCUGAACUCGUCUUGGCGGCCCUGGAACUCCAUCGAUACAAACUAUAAGUCUGUCGACGCAAUAUCCCCAGGAAAGUGGGAGCGUGCAGUCGUCGGUACCAUAAUGCUGGCCUCGGACGCACUCUCAUUGAGCGCGAAAGUAUUGGCGAAGACCAAGCCACUGAGCGAGCACAAACAUCUCUGCACAACGGCUAUCAGUGUGCUAGAAAUUGUGACAUCAGAAGCCCUUCCCAUAAAGAACAUAGAUGACUACUUGUGGGCGCUGGAUAAUGUGACUUCAGCACCCUCCUUUCUAGAAUGGCAAUCGUUUGGCCCCAGCUCAGUAAUUGAAUGCGCAUGUACACCAGCAUAUCCGCGUCUACGCUGGAACAUUGACAAGGCUGGAGUUGCUACAGCGUCUGAGGAUCCCAAAGAGGCCGCGACACGCGAGCGUGCCUUGAAAACUCGUUGCCCAAUCUACCACAUCGAAGCAGAGACCUUCGAUAAGGCGACUCGCAUCAGGUUCGGUGUCAAUAUCUCUUCUUUAGCGCACCGCGCUAUUAGGAGUCUUGUUCGAACGAGGCAAUCUACCCCCACAGAGCUGGUUGAGGUUACAUGGAGGCUCUUGACCCACCAAAGAGGAACAGCGUCCGUACGGUUUCCGAAAUUUUGGUUACAAAGCAAUGCCAACGACAAACCGUUCUCCAAGCAAUUAAAGAUUGCUUAUGAGCUACGUGGGGCUCAGCCUCGUGCUCUCGAAUGGAUGCGAGCCCAAGAGCGCGGCACGAACUUCACCUUCACUGACAUCGAAGAAGCUAUUCACGAAAAGCUAGGAUGGAGGGUGGAGGCUCGCGCUCAAGCAAAUACUCUUGUACGCGGUGGCGUGCUUGCCGAUCGGCCUUCUUUUGGCAAGACCGUUAUUACCAUCGCUCUCAUCCAGAGUGAGUUCGAGGAGUACAGAGAGGAUAAAUCUGUGAUCGAACGCAAUAACUCUACAACUAGACAGAAGUUGCACCUGAUUGACACAGCGGCUACGCUUAUUGUCUGUCCCCCACACCUCGUCGACCAAUGGCAAGAAGAGUUCAAGAAGUUUUUAGGCACAAAUCAGUAUGAUCACUAUAGACUCGUCUUGAUCAAGACCUUUGCUGAGCUUCGGAGCUUGGAUUUCGAGCACGUUCAGACCAGCAGGGUCAUUAUUAUUUCUUGGGCCGUUUUAGCAGACCGCGAAUACGUUGCCUACCUCGCCGAGUUCGCCGCCAUGCCUGAGCCGGCCACUGCUAGUAACGUCAAAGGCGCAUCCAACUAUCGUGCUUUCGAUGCCUGGAUGAACCGGGUAUGCCAAGAGCUACCAGCACAACUCGCAAAGCAACAACAGAUGAGUUCUGCCGACUUCAACACAAGUACAGACAGGCUGCUACACCAGCGUCUUAGUGAGACUGAGUUCAACAUGAGCUUACCUCUGCAAUUGCGACAUGGAAGUCAAUAUCAGCCCUACAAUUCUACCCAAGCUGCCAAGAAGAAAUCUGAGACGAAGGUUAAUAGUAAAAAGGGAAGGCCUCGCAGAUCUUCUGUUCCUCUUCUGCAUCUAUUCCGCUUCAACAGGAUAGUGGUUGACGAAUACCACUAUCUCAACGUGCACCAGAAGGACCAGAAGAAAACUCACGAGAACCUUCUCUCUUCCGUCGGCAUCAAAACGAUUGCGGCUCACAAGCGAUGGGUGCUCUCGGGAACGCCUGCGUUAGAAUCAUUUAGUGACGUUGAUAACAUCGCCUCAUUUCUCAAUAUCCGCCUUGGCAGGUACGCCGUCCUUGUUAACACCGGAAAACGAACGCAGGUCGAGGAAAUGCAACGCGAGGCACAGACUAAAGUUGAAAAGUUCCUUUCGCACAAGGAGACCAUGUCUCUUCAGUGGCAUCAGACUCGCCAUCAGUUUGCACAAGAGUUUCUGGACAAGUUCGUACGACAGAAUGACCCUUCUCUGGAACAUAUCCGAUGUUCCGAAUCGCUACAGGUCAUCGAGCUAGACGUCGCUCAUCACGCCGUCUACCUGGAACUCUCGCAGUAUUUGAUAGCCCAGCGAAUGGCUCUUAAACGUAUGAAGAAUGCAGAAGGCGCAGACCGAACGAACAGACUGAAUGCUAGUCUGAAUGGUUGCAAUACUGGAGAAGACGCGCUACUCAAAUGCGCUCUAUUGUAUGAGACAUACCACGAUGAGUCGGGCCUGAGAAUGUUACUUCAAAAAAGGUCAGAGGAAUAUAACGAGACUGUACUCGAACUCCAGUGUCUCUUGCGAGGCUUCGAAGGUCACAGAAAAACAAGGUUCAAAGGUCUUCAGAAGAGCGAAAAGGAGGAGGCAUCUAUUUUUCAACUGUAUACCUAUUUUAGAAAGGACUUCUGUAUCGACAACUGGCUGGGCGAUAACGAAGCAACUGCAAAGAUACGUGCUUUACUAAAGCACGCCGAAUCUAAUCCAGUUUGUAGUGGAUUCAUCAAGGGGAAAACCUUGGACGAGAAGAUUAAGAACGCGAAGAAAGCAUUGUCCAAGCUUCGCACAUUCGCCAAUCAGCUCGCGUUCCGCACCCGGUCAGAACGCUUCAUUUCUAAUGUUCAAAGUCUCAUUCAGCCGUUAUGUGAGAGUUCUAGCAUAACCAGACGGUGCGAUGCUCUAGAGUGUCGAGGCUACGCAACCAUGUCCGAUCUGUACAUAACUUCAAGCUGUGGUCACCUGUCUUGUGAACGCUGCUUAGCAGCUCGAAUCGACAGCGGGGUUUGUGUGGUACCCAGCUGCAACACUACUGUCCAAGCCAUGAACCUCAUCCAAGCCACACAUAUCGGAUCACAGAAAGAGCAGAUUUCAGGAAGAAGCUUCGGUCGCAAGCUAGACGCUGUCGCGAAGCUCAUCAACGAACUCCCAUUCAACGACCAAGGUCUUGUUUUUGCUCCAAAUAUCCAGACAAUCAGCGACUUGAGAGAGCUUUGCGACCACCACGGCAUCUCGUACCUGACGCCCACUGAGCGGAAUCCCGCUAAAGCCAUCCAGAAUUUCAAGACAAGCUCGGACAAGAAGGUGCUCAUCCUUGACUUGACCAGCGAGACAGCUGCAGGAGUGUGA